UUUUUUUUUAGAAUGACAAAUCAUUCUCUCAUUGGGUUAACAACUGUGGUUUGUCGGCUUUUUGGCCGUAGUUUAUUCAAAAACAACAGCAUACUGUAUAACUAAGAAAAAAACUGACGAUCUAUCGUGGUACGUAUGGGGAUUAAAAAUCACAAGCGCCCCCACCCAACACAUAGACAUACAGAAAAGAGAAGGGAUACAUACACAGUUAAAUACUGUAACAGGAGGUUGUAUCUCACUGUAGCUGGCGAGGGAUGGAGCAGUGCGCGGUAUAUCCAGUGCGCGGAGCGCAAGCAUGAAUGCACAGUGAUUUGAAACACAUCCCCAUUCAUUCUUGUCUUUUGCAACUGCAACAUGAUAUCCGUUACGAUGCAGUGAAUUGUGUGUAUAUUCAUAUUUGAACUACUCUAUCUCCAAAGAGCAUCAUUCUUAUACAUAUUCUAACAAGGAGCAUGUUUUUAGAUUUUAGCCAGAUACGGCAGAAGAGCAGGGGGGUGUUUCCAGAUGCAAUUAAAGGAUGCACUUAAAUGAUUUAAAUGGAAGAUCAAACUGCGAUGAUCACCCUUUCGAGACUGCCUGCUUGUUCCGUACAGUACAUAUUCACCAGACUGCUCCUUUCCCCAGUGCUCACCGUCUCCUGGUUUGGAAUGUAAGGGCUAGGAGCGACUGCUGUGUAAAAUCACGGGAUUCUUCACUGAAAAGAAGAACUGUCUUCUGAAGCGAUUUGAAUACCCACAACAAGAAAGGGACGCUCUUUUUUCCUGAAGAGGGAUCUUGGCACACCGGCUUGGCUUGGAGACGUGUACUCGCUCUGUCCUCCUUCUGCCCAGCGAGGCUGUCAGUCCGCCAUGCCCUCAGCCCCCUGCGUCUGCCUCCUGGACAAGGAACAUCUGCUUCAGUAGGAUGCUGGCUCUCGCCUGGUGCCACUCGCCCGCUGCUCCGCCUGCACCUCUCGCCAUCCUCCCAUCUGCCAGCGCCUCCACGCUCCACCAUGAAGGAUGAGGUCAUCAACAACAACGCGUUGGCCUGGCUGGUCUGCUCGGGGGUGUCCAUCCUGGCCAACACCUGGGGCAUACUGAGUGUGAGCGCCAAGCAGAAGAAAUGGAAGCCCCUGGAGUUCCUCAUCUGCACGCUGGCUGGCACUCACAUCCUUAACAUGGGCAUCCCCAUCACCAUGUACUCUGUCAUCCAGCUGCGCCGCCAGCACUCCAAUUAUGAGUGGAAUGAGGGGCUGUGCAAAGUCUUUGUGUCCACCUUUUACACCCUCACACUGGUCACCUGCUUCUCUGUCACCUCCCUCUCCUACCACCGCAUGUGGAUGGUCCGCUGGCCGGUCAACUACAGGUAUGGGUUGAGCAACACCAAGAAGCAAGCGGUGCACACGGUCAUGGGAAUCUGGAUGGUGUCCUUCAUUCUGUCCACUCUGCCUGCUGUGGGCUGGCACGAUACCACCGAGCGCUUUUACACGCGGGACUGCCGCUUCAUUGUCACGGAGAUCGGCCUGGGCUUCGGGGUGUGCUUUCUGCUCCUGAUCAGCGGCAGCGUAGUGAUGGGAGUGGUGUGCAUCGGAAUCGCCCUCUUCCAGACCUUCUCCAUGCAGACGGGACACAACGUUGACAAGAACAAGUUCAAUGUGCCCACCAUUGUGGUGGAGGAUGCCCAGGGGAAGAGAAGGUCUUCCAUUGAUGGCUCUGAGCCCAUCAAGACCUCCCUGCAAAUCACCUAUUUAAUCAGCGGGAUAGUUUUUAUCUAUGAUUUCUUAACUGGAUUCCCCAUUCUGGUGGUGAGUUUUGCUAGCCUGAAGUACGACCGCUCAUACAACUGGAUGGUGCUGUGUGUGCUCUGGUGUUCCAUCGCCCAGUCCAUUCUACUUCCCAUGUUCCUCUGGGCCUGUGACCGCUACAGAGCCGAUAUCAAGAUGGUGUGGGAAAAGUGUGUAGCCAUCAUGUCCAACGAUGACGUUGAUGAAGAAAACAGCAAGGAUGGUGGCAUUCAUCCGGACUUAAUAUAUGACAGACCAUAUGACUAUAGCUCUGCUGCUGAUAUCAUGACGGUAGACCGUAUUGCCAAGUAUGAAUUCUCAACUUUAGAAAGGGGGGUCCCCCAGGCAUAUCCAUUGAGAGAACUACAGGAAGAUAAAAUGCAGUAUUUGCAGGUGCCCCCUACAAGAAGAUACUCCCACGACGAAACCGACAUGUGGACCACAGGCCAGAUACCUUCCUACCUCCAUCGCUGGGGGUCCACCGAGGACAUCAUUGGGAUCCCCCGCUACAGCUCUCCUCGCCACGAGAGGCGGAGAAGCAGCCUCGCCUCCUACCACGAGGAGAACCUCCCCUACCGCAAGCGGAGGAAAUCCGAAGAAAGCGUUCACUCCCUCAAGCAGCUCCCGAGGGAGGAGCGCUACGAGGAGGACUUUAAGUGCUUCAGCCGGGACGAGGUGAUCAACUUCAUCGACGAGACCCCACUGCCCAGCCCCAUGAAGAGCCCCCUGCGGACCUCCUCCGUCUCCCUCGUCCCGGACGCCUACGAGCAGCACCUGGUCCUCUACCCACACUUCCCCCUCACCGACUUCGAGCGGGAGCCCCACGCCCUGCGCCGCUUCUCCGAGCAGGGCCAGGGCUGUUUCUAUGAAAUUGUUCAAAAUAACAUGAAGGCUCUCAUGAUCAAUCACUGGAAGCAUUGA